AUGAGCUUGUUCGUCUCUAGCAGGUGUGCCUUCCGGGCCGCUGCGCGCAUGAAGCGGCAAUUCGCAGUCCGCCGGUAUGCCACGGAGCCGACAACCCCCAAGCCUGCAACAGAGGCGCUGCCCUCAGGCAAUGGCGGCAGCAGCACGCUUCUCUACGUGGCCGCUGCAGCCGGCCUCACGAGCGCAGGCUACUACUUCUUCGCCGGCACGCCGGCAGCUAAGAAGGCCGAGGCGGCGGUGAGGGAAGUGACACCGGGCGUCGUCAAGAAGGCCCUCACGGGCGGCGAGCAGGGCUUUGUUAGCCUCAAGCUCGAGGAAGUCGAGACCGUCAACCACAACACCAAGCGCUUCCGCUUCAAGCUGCCCGAGGACGACAUGGUCUCGGGAGUCAAUGUCACGAGCGCCAUCCUAACAAAGUUCAAGCCCGUCGACGCCGAGAAGCCCGUCAUCCGGCCGUACACGCCCAUCAGUGACGAGGACUCCAAGGGCUACAUGGACCUGCUGGUCAAGAAGUACCCCAACGGGCCCAUGUCGACGCACCUGCACGACAUGGUUCCGGGCCAGCGGCUCGAAGUCAAGGGCCCGCUGCCCAAGUAUCCGUGGACGGCCAACAAGCACGAGCACAUCGGGCUGAUUGCCGGCGGCACGGGUAUCACGCCCAUGUUCCAGCUGUGCCGGGCCAUCUUCAACAACCCCGAGGACAAGACCAAGGUGACGGUCGUGUUCGGCAACGUGACCGAGGAGGAUGUGCUGCUCAAGAGCGAGCUGGCUCACCUCGAGAACACGUACCCCCAGCGCUUCCGCGCCUUCUACGUGCUCGACAAGCCCCCCAAGGAGUGGGCCGGUGCCAAGGGCUUCAUCAACAAGGAGCUGCUCAAGACGGUGCUGCCCGAGCCCAAGUCCGAUAACAUCAAGCUGUUCGUCUGCGGCCCGCCCGGCCUGAUGAACUCCAUCUCGGGCAACAAGAAGAGCCCGAGGGACCAGGGCGAGCUGGUGGGCAUCCUCAAGGACCUAGGCUACACGCCCGAGCAGGUUUACAAGUUCUAG